GUAUAGGUGAAUCACACAAAGCACCCCUCGGCCGGGCCGGUGAGAAGUUUAUAAUAGCAUGGCUGGGGGUGUCGAGCUCUUCGUAAGAGUCGCUUUCUUGUAUGCAAGCCUGUUUCUGUGGGUAACGGCAGCGGAUCAGCCAGUCGAUGCAAUCGUGUCCGAGUGUCAGGACCGCUACUUCUGCGUGUCUGUGGACCGCGGCUUUGCAGGACAAGACUACAGUUUUAACGUCAUUGGCGAGCAGGAGACCCAGAGAGUCGACGCUCCCUACGCAGCGCAAUGCGGAUUCACCUACAGCACUUUGACCCUCGCCGGUCGCUUGAUCUUCCGAGCGUCGUUUUUCGCUUGCAAUGUGAAGAAUGUGGACGAUCAGACGUUUACCCUGAGCUACCAGCUCGUGACGCGGGAUGAGUCUGGCAGGGAGACGGUCUUCCCUUCUGCCAUCACCUGCAGCCUGGUUCUGCCCUGGAAGCCCCGUGAGGUGGUCUGUGAGGAGAACUACAUGGAGGUUUCGGUGAGAAGGAAUGUUCCUCUGAUCGACCAAGAGGACCCGAUUAUGCUACAAGACGCUACACUUGGUUUUCAAGGCCCUGGUGAUGCUACAGCCACCUGGCAAAUCUCAUUCCGGAAGCUGGGGAUACCAGAACAGAUUAUGAAUGUCACCUAUGCCAGGAGCCUUGGUUACGUGGUGGACUCGACCUCUUCCCGAGCAGUCUUCAGAAGUGCCUACAACAAGAGCAAAACGGAGAUCCUUAAGGUGGAUGGGGUCACAGUAGAAGCUAUUGAUGCAACAAUCUUCUUCCAGCAGAAAUGGAUGCUGAUAUUAAUAGAUGUCUCUGCUGCUUGUACUAAAGAUCCUGGUACCUUUGAUGGUGCCUACCUGAUCUGGAGCACCCCCAGAAUCAUGCUGCCUCUAGUGCAGGACCCAUCCAGCUUUGAAGAUAAGAGCAUUGGAAUGGGCCUGGAUGGUCAGCUGUUGGGCUCAAGCACCAUGAACCAGAGGGGCUACAAGCUGGAGCUGGUCGAGCAACUGUUGCAAAUUUCAAUCCCUUAUGGGGCAGUGGGAGGGUACCUGGAGAGCUGUGUUAUCGACAACCAUUACAACCAGCGUUACUCCAUUGACUUGUUCUUUGAGCACCUGUGGGCAGAUGACCAGUAUGAAGUGACGCAACACUGCAUGUUUGUGCCAGUGAGCACCCCGUUCAUCCCCCAGACACCCUUCACUAUUGACCGUAAGUGAGCCAUGUGUUUUAAAGGCAACGUG